CGCAACGGCGUUGUUGAAAUAUUUAAACGCGCAAAUUGUAGCGAACAUUUCGAAAGGUGAUCGGGACGAUUUAAAAGCGCGUAAAAAUGUCUGAAAUUGAUAAUUUAGAGUCCUUGAGCAAUGCAGAUUUGCGCAAACAGUGCAUUAAACAUGGUUUACCAAACGUUCCGAUUACAGAUUCCAGUCGAAAUAUACUUAUAAAAAAAUUACGCGCUUCGCUAUCGGGCUCGCCAGCUUCACAAACAAAGAAAACCCCACGCCGCGAAACUAUUCACGUUGUAAAAACAACUGAGGCGGCAAUCGAGACUAAAGAAGUGAAAGCUGAACCAGAACGGCGUACACCAAGUAGAGGAGCGAAUAGACGUACAUUCGCCGGAACACCAACAUUUGACUCGCAGAAACCAAGUGAAAAUCAACCGUCAGAAAAUCUUACGCCAGCUCCUAUUGGAACACGUCGACGAUCAACUCGCGAUCAAGAAAUCGCACCUUCGCAAAAGGAGCAAAAAUCAACUAAAACCUAUAAUCCUGUAGUAAUACUAGAAAGCGAUGAAGAGGAUCAAGAUUUAUUAUUGGCUGCUGAGCAAGUGGAACAAAGGUCAAAACCAUCGAUGGCUCGAGAAGAAGCUAAUGUGCGUUCGCGUUCAUCACGUUCGGUCUCUUUAUCGAAAACGGGUGUAGUUACUACGUCAUUAAAUCAACCAACAGUUCAGCCAAUUGCUGAAGUACCACAGAUUCCAAUACGGCGGGAAGUAACUGAAAGCAUAUCACACGAAAUAUAUAAGCCACAAAUAAGUGCCAACAGUGGUCGCUUCAGCUUGCAUCCUAACUUAAUGCAACCAAAUAUUGGAGUUGGACUAAACAAAGAUAGAGAUGUACCAAAGACACUGCACUCACGUUACAGUACAAACACGCUAAGUAGUGGAUUAUACUCCUCGAAGCCUACAUAUCUGUACACUGAACAAAGUGAUGAUAACGAGGAAGCAGAGGGUUAUGAAACUCCAUUUCUGAGCAGUUUUGCCCGAAACUUGGAACGUAUUAAAACAGAUGGGGUGGUUUUAAAUAAACCCAGCUCUAUUGGAGGCACUGAUAUAAGCAGAGAAUACGUAUCACCACGGCCUGUACAACCUUCAAGGCGAUAUGAAAUUUCAGGACGUCGUCCGACUAAAGUCUCUGUAACCGACUCAUUCCGUCAGUUAUUGAUCGCUUUAGAUCGAAAAUAUAACUUGAGACUUUAUUUAGUGCUUGUAACAGUAUUUUUGAUAAUGGCUUUUAUAUUUGUUAUGGUGUAUCAGUAAGAUUUAUGUCAACUAUUGUUAAAAAAUAUUUAUGUAAAAGCAUUUUAAGUUAGUUUUCUGUUCUAAUUUAUAUUGAAACUCGAAAAAAUUGUAUUUUUUAAAAGUCUCGUAGUAGAUGUUUGUAUGUAAUGUGGUUUUAAACGUGUAAACUUUUGACAUUCAGACUAAUAGAAAUAAAAUAUAUUCAAGUGAAAGUGAAAAAUAAAAAUAUAUAGAACCUUUA